AUGGACAUCAUUUUUUUUCCGUACAUUUAUAUGGUGUUUGACACAGAAUCUGGUAAUGAAUCAUUAGCAAAAUUACAAUUACAUUGGGAUGCUACAUAUAAUGAUUUUGUACAAGCAAUGCCUGAUUCAAUACGAGAUAAAUAUACAAAUUUUUCUAUCGCUCAAUGUCCAUUAAAUUUUGAAGAAAAUAACACAACAGUUUUAACAGCUGUAUGUCGUGCUUGA